AUUUUGUGGGUGGGUGAAUGUGAUGCGUAUUUUGGACUCUCCUCCUUCUCGCCGGCAGACUUAAGAAACGAAUCAUCGGCACAAGUUUAGACAGAAAGAGAGAGAGAGAGAGAGAGAACCAUCUUACUUACUUCUUUCUUUUUGUCUUCUUCUCCUCGGGUGGUUAGAGACAAUGGAGACUGAAUACGACCAAGUUCUUCACUCCGUUGCUCAUGUUAAAAUCGCUGACCAGACCGGUGAUUCCCCCGAUGUGAACCAAGAAGAGGACGGCGUAAAGGUUUCGUGCUUCACUGAAGUUCUCGAUGACGUCACUCUUCACUUCCAGAUCAUCCGUCUCGCAAAACAGAUAUAUGUAUGGAUCGGUUACAAUUCCGCCAAAUUUGGGAAUCUUUACGCAGCCGCUUCAACCCGACCGAGUAAUACAGUAAGUGUUACUUCCGUACUUGGUGGAACAUCUGAUAACACUGGGUCUGGCAUUGCCCGUAGAUUAGUGAUGAAGACUGGUCUCAAUAUAAUCAUGGCUUGCAACAUCCCUAAAAACAAUCCCUUGCUCGAGGCAAAAGCUGAGAAAAUGUUGAUCAGAAAAUUGAUUGAUCUUGGUUACACAAUGCCAACACCUUUACGAGCAACAUAACCGGAAGAGGGAAUCGUUUUAGCCAGUUUCUUCAGUUUGUUUCUCCUUUUUUUCCGGUUUAUUUACAGAAUCUUGAUGAUUGUUGGGUUAUUAAAUGAUGUCAAUUAUCCUUAGUACCA